UUCUUCGCAUCUCUAUCGGUGCGUCGCCGAUUCACGUUCACAUUCCCGGCUGGCCCAGAAACACAAGAAUAACUUUACACAGUUUCCAAAAACUAUAUAAACCCAAACUAAGGAAACAAAAGGAACGAAUAUAUAAACUAUUAUCAAUUUCGGACGUGUUUGAGUUGCCCCUGUCGGGAGUUGCAGAUUUCAGUGGAACAUUUUCGGAGCAGUGGAAAAAUAUUGCGCUGAGAGACUUGUUGCUCUUGUUGCAUCUUUGGUGCAUUUUUUUCUUCAACUUUCAUUAAAAUCUUUACCGUUUCACCCUAGUCUGCUCCAGGCUUUGGCUUGGAGGUCCCAACCGCCACCAUUGAUCCCAGCAGCUGGAGUGGCAGCGAGAGCCCUGCCGAAGACAUUGAGAGGAUGAGCGACUCGGCGGACAAGCCCAUGGAUAAUGACGCCGAGGGGGUCUGGAGUCCUGACAUCGAGCAGAGCUUCCAGGAAGCUCUGGCCAUCUACCCUCCGUGUGGUCGCCGGAAGAUCAUUCUCUCAGACGAGGGCAAAAUGUAUGGUCGAAAUGAAUUGAUUGCCAGAUACAUUAAACUCAGAACUGGGAAGACGAGGACAAGGAAGCAGGUGUCUAGUCACAUACAGGUCUUAGCAAGAAAGAAAGUUCGAGAAAUCCAAGCUGCCAUCAAGGUGACAAGUAUGGAUCAGACCGUGAAGGACAAAGCCCUCCAGAGCAUGGCCUCCAUGUCGUCGGCUCAGAUCGUUUCUGCCACCGCCAUCCACAACAAGCUGGGCCUGCCAGGCAUCCCGCGCCCCGCCUUCCCUGGAGCGGCAGGGUUUUGGCAGGGCAUGAUAUCUACUGGCCAGCCUGGAUCUUCUCAAGACAUUAAGCCGUUUGCCCAGCAAGCCUAUCCUAUCCAGCCAGCAGUCACAACAACAAUCUCAAGUUACGAGACCACGGCGGCACCAGCACCCACAGUGCCAGCAUGGCAAGGCCGAUCCAUCGGCACGACUAAGCUGAGACUUGUAGAGUUCUCUGCUUUUCUCGAACAACAGAGAGACCCAGACUCUUAUAACAAACACCUUUUUGUGCAUAUUGGUCAGACAAAUCACUCCUAUAACGAUGCCUUGCUUGAAUCAGUGGACAUUCGUCAGAUUUAUGAUAAAUUUCCUGAGAAGAAAGGGGGCCUGAAGGAAUUGUUUGGCAAGGGUCCUCAGAAUUCCUUCUUUCUCGUAAAGUUCUGGGCUGACUUGAACUGCAACAUUCAGGACGAUACAGGGGCCUUUUAUGGUGUGACUAGUCAGUAUGAGAGUCCAGAAAACAUGACCAUCACCUGCUCCACUAAAGUCUGCUCCUUUGGAAAACAGGUGGUGGAGAAAGUCGAGACGGAGUAUGCACGCUUUGAGAAUGGACGCUUUGUGUACCGGAUAAGCCGGUCUCCCAUGUGCGAAUACAUGAUCAACUUCAUCCAUAAACUCAAGCACCUGCCUGAAAAAUACAUGAUGAACAGUGUCCUGGAGAAUUUUACCAUCCUAUUGGUGGUGACAAACAGAGAUACACAGGAGACGUUGCUGUGCAUGGCGUGUGUUUUUGAGGUGUCGAACAGUGAGCAUGGAGCUCAGCAUCACAUCUACAGACUGGUGAAGGAAUGAGAUCACUCUGAACAGCCCUUUCACAUUGACUGAGAACCUCAAUACAAGUGGCAGUGCCUCUAGCUGAACACUCACCCAGAAUGCUUUUCUGUCACAUUUGGGUGAUGCUUAUUGUUAUUAAUUUUUUUGUCUUUAUUAAUGUAUAUGUGUUUGACUGCAGCUGUGAAUUGCGGUACAGUUGUAUUAUGUUUUGAUACGGGAAAAAAUAUCAUCAGUUAAAAUGACUCUGAAUCAAUGUCUGUUUGUUGGAUGUACAUUUAAAGAGUGACAGUAUCAGUUGACUAAAGGGUUGAGUUGAACUGGGUUGAAUUUGAGCAAGAAACUGAAAACAACUUUUGUCAAUUUUUAUCCUGUAAAAAAUGAGUAGAUAUCAGCCAUUAUCAGUGGUUUAUGAAUGUGUAUGUGUGUAGUCAUUAAUUUGUACAUGUAUAUAGAUGUAUAUACAUACUCACAUACUUGUAGGUUUUCCAAAGAAAAGUAUUUGAAAUUUUUCAUCCCAGAAUACCAAUUUGCAGAUUUAAAAAGUACAAAGAUUGAAAAUGGUUGUGGCCAUUGGAUUUAGAAGUUACUGCAUAUUGAAAAAACAUUUGUAGCAUUCAGGGAAUUCAAGAACCCUUUUGCCCUAGAUAAAACACUUUUGUACACAUUACAGAAUCUUUUACCUUUAUUGAGAAUGACUGCACUGUGAUUAACACUAAAAAUAUUUAUUCCAACCUGUGUCUCUGCCUCAUGAAAGGCAAGCCGUCAUUUAUUGAGAGAGAAAAAAAAAGCAGAUUUAACCCCUCACCUUGGCCAUGAUACAGCCGUUUCAAUCCUUUGGUAAAAAAAAAAAAAAAAGAGAGAUCUUUGUUAUUUUGAUAGUUGGUAAGAAAGCACUACGCAGAUUACACUGAUUUUAAUUGUCAUCUUGUCCUUAGCACUUGGUUCGUCUCAGUGGACAUGCCUUAGUGAGCAUAGCUGUGUUCAUAGAACUGUUUAUUCAAUCCAAUUCCAAGUGUCUGUCGCUGCCUUGACAUUCAAACAAAACAACCCAUGACUCUGUGGCCUACACAAAGUGUUUUCUACAUCUCCGAGCCUUAAACGUGGUCAUGUGAAUUCCAAAAGAUGCCACUAAAGCUGUGAUCUCUUUCCUAAGCUGGAAGGCUUUUCUUGUUAUUGUAAUGUAGGAAUUGUACAGUUAUGGAGGUGCCAAAGCAUAACACAAAACAGUACUGUGCCUUAGUGUAUGUGUCUCAUAUCCGAAAAACAAACAAACAAACAAACGAAAAAAGAAUUAACGUCAUCUGUGUUGUCUGUAAGAGAACUGGCCUAUAUGCAUAUUGGUUUGAACAGUAGACCGUACGAAAAUAUUUUCUCUCAGUGAUUGGUUAAUUUUCUUGUGUGAAACACUGUUUAAAAACUGACCUUGCCUUUCUUAUUCAAGAAGACCAAAAAUAAGUGGAGAUACAUACUUAAUCUCCUUAAUGUCCUGCACUGUAGCAUGAAAGUGCCUUUGGUUCAGAUUUUUCCAGCUUAGAAAAGACUAAUAUUAUUUUGCAGUACUGAGAGUAACAAAAACCAAAAAGAGGACAUAAGAAAAAUAUUCACCACAUUGCCUUCCUGAAAUUUUAUAAAAGAAAGAAGAAAAAGUCAAGGGACGGUGUGUGAAUAAAUGUUGAGGUAAUAUGAUAUUAUUAUUAAUUACAAUAGUUAUUAUAGUAAUAUUUGAUUUGGUGUUCAGGCAAAUUGUAUCAAUGAUCAUCUAGAAAGCACCUCCGUUUAUAUGUGUGUUCAAUUCCAUUCAGAGAAAGACAUACUUAAUUACUUGUGUGUGUGUGGGGUGGGGAGACUUUUUUAAAAAUGGCUUAAGGAAUAAUUCUGUUGGGAAUUUGUAAGGUCGACCUUACUUUCCAUGCAAUUUGUCACACAAAACACUGCUCAAAAUAUAUCAUGUUUGGGAAAUAUCUUCAGCAGUUUUGUUAGCCACAGUCUUUCAGGCCAUAAACAAAUCAAAGUGUCAAGCUGUACUAAAUGUCAAUCCGAUAUCCAAAAGUCCAUGAUGUUAGGGAUGUUUCUGUAGUCAAUAAUGUUUAUGUUCUGAGUGACUGAGUUAAGCCACUCUCAGAGGCUUAUGUUUUUACAUUUGACAAUAGCGAAUUGUACAACCUCUCUCAUAUACCGUUCAAAUGGAUCAUUUGGAACAGUAAUUGCUAAAGAACAUUCUAUGGUUGCAGACUAUGUUAGAUUGAUUGCUCUGUAUGUUGUACUGCUUAAUGUAAACUGUGGAUUUUUUGUAUGCUUUACAUCAAAAUGGCAUAAUAUUUCGAUUGUUUUGUGUUUGCCCUCCCUUUGCCCUAUGUUCUUGUUUGCUGUUAUGACAUACUUAUUGAAAUUUUCCUGUAUUACUGUUCUACAUGUAUACAAUGGUUUUUUGUAAUGACGUCAGUAUAAUCAGAGCCCAGUUGGGUGGUGUUGCUGUUACUGCUACACUGCUGGUGCAUUUGAAAUGUCAGUUCCACCUUAAAAAUCAGUUCACAGUCCCCUUUCACUCCUUUAGGGAUCUGAAGACUAAUGUCUUUAAUAAGAUGAAUGUUCAGAGGACAUUUUGAUAGCAACGGACACUACAUGAGGAUUUCUGAAGGUAUCUUGACACGUCAGCAGUUUAGCUCUUGUUCUUAAUUGUUUGUGUUUUGUCUAUGUGUAGGUACUGGUACCUCUUUUGAUCAUUGCCAUUUCAAAUGUUGGCUUUAAAGUGAACUUUUCUCUAGUUCAGAUAGUAUCAUAAGACUAUUUGGUUUGUGUGCAGAGAUUUUUUUUAAAGAAAAACAGGUGCUUUGUAUAAAUAUAUAUUCUGGCUUUUCUUGGUACAAAGGUGUGAUAUCUUUUAAUAUCCAUGAUGAUGGUCAAGCAUUGGAGCAAGGAUGAGAGGGGAGAGAGAAGAAAACCUGCUAUGUGUAUGUGUUCUUUACUGCAUAUGGUCUUGUCUUUGCUCCGUAACAUUUUGAUGCCUUCUUGAUAAAGUGGUAGAUUUUGUAGC